CGUCGACGUUCAGAUCAUGACUGCAAAUGUACUUCCUAGUGACGAUUAUUAUGAUAGAGGCAGCACCACCGAGCCAGAUACGCCUGGCUCAUCCGACCGUGACACGGCGCCCUAUGUCUUUGCGAGGCUGAUCCCUACAAACCGUCCCGCCCGCGAGGCCAUGGAACGAACACGUACUCAAGGUUCCCAAUUUCACACCAACUUUCUUGGCAAGACAGCAUUCCGCAACGAAGAAACCACAUGCUUCGUUCUUUCGUUAGACGCAUUGCCAGAGUUUCCUAAACUGGGCUGGCGCAUUGGUACCGGGCGCGACAGUUUACCAAAACGUGGCGUGGAUCUCCUGCUGUGUGGAACCGCUAAAAGCGAUCGGGUUGCUGGUAUACAUGCACGAUUCAACUUUGUCAAGGGAGCAGCGGGGUUCUUUCUGAUUGCGGAUAAUGCCAGAGGGAAGCCAUGUACCAUCAAUGGUGAUGAUUUUGCAAAUGAUCGGCGCCCAAUUCCUUUCCGAAGCACCAUCACGUUGGGUGAAUGUGCAUUUACGCUGCAUUAUGUGGUCCGCGAUGCAGAUGCCGAGAAUGGCUUCCAGCUUGAACUGAAGGCUUUCUAUAAACUGGCUCUGACGGACGAGAACCCCUUCAUUCUGCCUACGCCGCGUGAGUUCGACUCACGAUUCGGUGACUGGGUUGUGCAAUACCCCAUCUCGAAGGGGACAUAUGGCACUGUGUUUACGGUAACCCAUGCGGCGGAUGGGCGGCUAGCAGCAGCCAAGCAGCUCGUCAAGACGCGCUUCAAUGCGUCUCAGGUGGAACACGAGGUGGCCAUGGCCAGAGUUGUAUCCAGGCUUUCGCAUCCAAGUAUCGCAGUACCCUUUGAGAUUCGUCACAAUCCGUGUCGAAGUCAAGUAGAAAUUGCUAGGAUCAAAACAAUACUGGGUGGAAACUGGGAUCCUGACACUCAAGGUGACAUCACGGAUGAAUACAUUAUCUUCUCACCCCUUCUCAACGCGACGUUUCGCUCCAUUAUCACGAACUGGACCUCUCUACCAGUCUCUCGUCUCGAACUCUUUUUUUGUAAACUACUUGACGGUGUUGCAUUCCUCCAUGAUCACGGCCUGUGCCACCGCGAUAUCCAACCUGUCAACAUUCUGAUCCGCAGCUUCGAUCCACCCGAAGCCUUGAUCUGCGACUUUGGCUGCCUCUCCGACAAGUCUGAAAUCAUGUAUGAUUCGCCCGGCACAGUCCCACAUCUUGCGCCCGAGCAAAAGAAAGGAUUGACACACGAUCCCACGGUAGAUUAUUGGGCUUGCGGACUUGUAGGGCAUGAGCUUCUUACUGGUGAGGUUACGCGGCAACGUGUUGAAGUUGGGUCCAUGCUUGAAGGGUACUAUUGGAAGCUAGAUGCUAUAGGGAGUGUGAUGGCCAUGUGUUGUAAGAGCAUGUUGGAUGCCAAUCCGACUCUACGCAUGCCCGCGAAAGAUGCUGCAAAAGCAAUAAGAUCUGCUUUUGUGAAAGCAGAAAAAAUUUCUGAAGUUACGACGUUAUCUGAACGCAAGAAGGUGAGAACUUCAUAACUAUAGAUGCUUAGCUAAAUCUAUUUAUUUCUCUAUUC